AGGAGAAGGAGGGGAAGGGAGGAGGAGGAGGGGGACAAAUGGUCUGUUGCCUCCCUCUACCCUGAUUCUACCUCCACUCCAUCUCUCGCCCACCCCAGACAUGCUGGUUUAGUCCAUUUGUCUUGUGUUUUCUUGGGAGGAAGUGCCAUCUCAUCUCACAUUGCGCAAAUGGUUUCAGUGCAUGCUAGUGUGAAUUCUAGCGGGUUUUUGUAACUGCCAAUUUCCAUAUCAAAGUGUCUGCAUUUCAAUAGGGAGAACUUGAGCUACCAGCCCCCUUCCUCUAAGCAGUUUUGUUCUGAUAGAGAAUUGCUGCUGCUGCUGUUGCUGGUGGAAGCUACUGACAGGAUUGCUGGACACUGCAGUUGGUCAUGGUUUAUGUGUGUGUGCGAGAGGCAAGUGUUUGUCUUGGAAACAGAUUUAGUGUGGAUUGGGAGAACUUGCUGGCCGUAAGCUUAACACCAAAAGCCGCGUAUUUAGCGGAAAUUUUGGACGCCGUUCAGAGACGUGGUCAUGUUAAAAAAGAUUUUGCCUGUUAAAACAUUUUCGCUCAGUAUUUCUCGGGGCGAGCGUAGACCAGGAACAAAGAUCUGUGUUUCAACCUCUUUAGGAGAAUGGGACACCAUCAGAGCACAAUCAUGGCGAUUGGGGAAAAAAAGAAAAGAACAGAAGUUGCUGAAAAUAUGUUUGCUUGUUUUUAACUGCCGUUUUGGUCACCGCGGCCUGCAUCUAAAAAGGCUCCAAAAUCAAUUUGCUUUCAGUCGCUUUCUGACAAAAUAAAUGGUUUAAUUCCAAAACCGAGCGAGCGUAGAUGUAAUGACACGGAGCGUUCAAGCUUUGUGUACGACUCUCGAGAACCUAGCGGUGUUGUUUUUCUUGUCGCAGAGAUAAUAUUUAUUUCCAAUUCUGUGCAGCUGUUGUUUGUCAGAGAAGGAAUGCGGCAAGACGCUGUUUAUUUUGAUGGAUUCGUCUUUCCCCCCCCCCUUUCCCUUCUCCUCCCUUUGUGUGAGGAUACGUGGCCUAAUGUUCACAGCAAUUUUAGGCAGGUUAAGUAGAUGAAAAUAAACACUCGCACGUUUGCACUGCAAAGAAGGAGAGACACGGGGAAAAAAAGCCAUUUCUAUGCUUUGUGCGUGCCCUUACUUUGAAAAUAGGAUCAGCAUAGGUUAAUAGUGAAAGAAAGUGCAGUGUGUGAGAUGUUAUUACACAGAGACAGGGAAUGGAAAUGCCAUUGGAAGCGCGGUAGGGGUCGGUGGCCCCUUCGUGGUCAUCCUGCUCCUGGGUAAUAACAUGAGCCAACCACUUCCCAACCUUCAAGAGGAGAGACCUCGCUGCUUCCUCUCCCUCCUAUGUUUGGACAAAAUAUGAUCACAAAACUUGUGAAAGAGGCGAGAGUAGGAGGCGACUUUUCCGUGUUGAACCAAAGAGUAGGAUAGAGAAGGCUGAGGAGGUGGGGGGGCGGAGGUGGAUAAAGCAGGACUUCACCUGCCAUCUUCACUCACGGCAGGCGGGUUUGACAGCUGACUUGUUCUGUUCCUCUGACUGGCUCGCUGCGAAAAAGUUGGACAAACAAAUGGACAGGAAGAAGGUCUGAGAGGAGCGGCAGAUGGAAAAAAAAUGACUGGCGAGGCUUCUCCAAGAACUACUGAUCGUUGACGUCGCUUCAGCCUUCAGCUCUCCCUCCGCAACUCGCCGAACCAGCACUAUUAGCCAUCAGGCUCCUGGAUCGUUUGCAUACAGCAACACAAUGGCUUCUGCACUGCGGAGGUGUCCGGUGUUUCACUGCCUCCUGCUCCUUCUCUUUUGCUUUCACUGUUCACAAGGGUUCAGCCGAGCUGCCUUGCCUUUCGGGCUGGUCCGGAGGGAGCUCUCAUGUGAAGGAUAUGCAAUUGAUCUCCGCUGCCCGGGGAGUGAUGUCAUUAUGAUCGAGACGGCCAACUACGGCCGGACUGACGACAAGAUCUGCGAUGCUGACCCGUUCCAGAUGGAGAACGUCCAGUGCUACCUCCCCGACGCCUACAAGAUUAUAUCACAAAGGUGCAACAACCGUACGCAGUGCGUGGUUGUCACUGGCUCUGAUGUCUUUCCCGAUCCAUGCCCUGGCACCUACAAGUACUUAGAGGUCCAGUAUGAGUGUGUUCCAUAUAAAGUGGAGCAAAAAGUUUUCAUUUGUCCCGGGACUCUGAAGAGUAUCGGCGCCGCCACCUUCCUGUUUGAAGGCGAGCAGCAGGCCGGCUCGUGGUGCAAAGACCCGCUGCAGGCCGGAGACAAAAUUUUCUUCAUGCCCUGGACGCCAUACCGCACUGACACCCUCAUCGAAUACGCCUCUCUGGAGGAUUUAAAAAAUGGUCGCCAGACGACCACCUAUAAACUGCCGCACCGUGUCGACGGGACGGGCUUCGUCGCUUAUGACGGCGCCAUCUUCUUUAACAAGGAGCGCACGCGCAACAUCGUCAAGUUCGACCUGCGCACGCGCAUCAAAAGCGGCGAGGCCAUCGUUAACAAUGCCAACUACCACGACACCUCUCCCUACCGCUGGGGUGGCAAGACGGACAUUGACCUCGCAGUAGACGAGCGGGGCUUGUGGGUAAUCUACGCCACAGAGCAGAACAAUGGCCGCAUAGUGGUGAGCCAGCUCAACCCGUACACGCUCCGCUUCGAAGCCACCUGGGAGACGGCUUACGACAAACGCUCUGCCUCCAACGCCUUCAUGGUAUGCGGCGUGCUGCACGUAGUACGCUCCACCUAUGAGGAGAACGAGAGCGAGGCGAGCCGGAGCCAAAUCGAUUACAUCUACAACACCAAGCUGAGCCAGGGCGAGUACACAGACAUCCUGUUCCCCAACCAGUACCAGUACAUCACUGCUGUGGAUUACAACCCCAGAGACAACCAGCUGUACGUGUGGAAUAACUUUUACAUCCUGCGCUACGACCUGGAUUUCGGGCCGCCGGAUCCCGCCGAAGUGCCAACCACCGAAGACGCCUCUGUCUCGUCUGCCAUGCCUAAGACCACAACAAUUACCACCACCACUGCCGUGUCCACUGUGAAGGGGCGCGGUGACACCACAGUGGCAGGAGCAGAUCCAAGAGAUGGCAGAGAUCCGUUUGAGGACAGCCGAGGCUCGAGUACCGCUGAGCCCACUAUCCCAGAGCUGCCUCCAACACCCAGACGCUUCUGCGAGGCGACUAGGAGGAGAGCCAUUGACUGGCCCCAGACCCACACUGGGACUACUGUGGAGAGGCCCUGCCCCAAGGGGACCAGAGGCAUCGCCUCUUUCCUCUGCACCAUGGCAGGGACAUGGUGCUCCAAAGGGCCAGACCUCAGCAACUGCACCUCCCACUGGGUGACUCAAGUGGCACAAAAGAUCCGAAGCGGCGAAAACGCUGCAAAUUUAGCCAAUGAGCUGGCACGUCACACACAGGGCCCGGUGUUUGCCGGCGACGUCAGCUCAUCGGUGCGCCUGAUGGAGCAGCUCGUGGACAUCCUCGAUGCUCAGCUGCAGGAGCUCAAGCCCAACGAGAAGGACUCAGCUGGACGCAGCUUCAACAAGCUUCAAAAAAGGGAGAAGACAUGCAGAGCGUACAUGAAGGCGAUUGUGGACACUGUUGACAACCUCUUGAGGCCAGAAGCUCUAAAAUCCUGGAAAGACAUGAAUUCCACGGAACAAACACACGCCGCCACGAUGCUGCUGGAUACCCUGGAGGAAGGGGCGUUUGUCCUCGCGGAAAACCUGAUUGAGCCCGCCAUCGUGAAAGUUCCCGCAGAGAAUAUCCUGUUGGAGGUGUGUGUGCUAAGCACCGACGGGCAGGUGCAAGACUUCAGAUUUCCACAGACGAGCAAGAGCGGAAUGACUCUUCAGCUGUCUUCCAACACGGUGAAAGUCAACAGCAAAAACGGUGUAGCCAAGCUGGUAUUUGUACUCUACAAGCACCUGGGUCAGUUCCUCAGCACAGAAAAUGCCACAUUGCGGGGAAUGGGAGACCUGAACAAACACAACCUCUCUCUCACUGUCAACUCCCACAUCCUGUCAGCCUCUAUUACAAAGGAGUCGAGCCGUGUGUUUGUGGCAGACCCCGUGAUCUUCACACUGGAGCACCUGGAUAAAGAACAUUAUUACAAUCCCAACUGUUCCUUCUGGAAUUACUCAGAGAGGAGCAUGAUGGGAUACUGGUCCACUCAGGGUUGUAAACUGCUGGAAACCAAUAAGAGCCACACCACUUGCUCGUGCAGUCACUUGACCAACUUUGCCAUCCUCAUGGCUCAUCGGGGAAAUGUGAGGGACGGGAGCGUGCACGAGGUUCUCCUCACCGUCAUCACCAGGAUGGGCAUUGCUGUGUCUCUGGUCUGCCUGGCCAUCAGCCUCUUCACUUUCUGCUUCUUCAGAGGUCUGCAGAGUGACCGCAACACCAUUCACAAAAACCUGUGCCUCAACCUGUUCAUCGGCGAGCUUCUCUUUCUUGUGGGCAUCAACAUGACAGAACCAAAGCUGGUCUGCUCCAUCAUCGCUGGAGUUCUCCACUUCUGCUUCCUGGCCGCGUUCGUGUGGAUGUGUUUGGAGGGCGUGCAGCUGUACCUCAUGCUGGUCGAGGUGUUUGAGAGCGAGUUUUCACGCAGGAAGUAUUACUACAUGUCUGGGUACCUCAUCCCAGCCGUGGUGGUGGGCAUCUCAGCGGCCAUUGACUACAGAAGCUACGGCACUCAGCGGGCGUGCUGGUUAAGAGUCGACAACCAUUUCAUCUGGAGCUUCAUCGGACCUGUAACCUUCAUAAUUGUGGUCAAUGUCAUCUUCCUGGUGGUGACCAUGUACAAGAUGGUGAAGCAUUCCACCUCCAUGAAACCUGACUCGUCCAGGAUCGGGGGUAUAAGGUCAUGGGUGUUAGGAGCCUUUGCUCUACUUUGUCUUUUGGGGCUGACGUGGUCCUUUGGCUUGUUCUUUCUCAAUGAGUCCUCAAUAGUGAUGGCUUACCUCUUUACCAUCUUCAACACUCUGCAAGGGAUGUUCAUCUUCAUCUUUCACUGCCUGCUGCAGAAAAAAGUACGCAAAGAGUACAGCAAAUGUUUCCGUCAGUCCCAGUGCUGCGGGGCGCUGCCGUCUGAGGGUUCCCACAGCUCAGCCAAGACAGCCACGUCUCGAUCCACGGCCCGCUAUUCGUCCGCUACUCAGAGCCGCAUCAGGCGGAUGUGGAACGACACUGUGAGGAAGCAGUCAGAGUCCUCCUUCAUCUCAGGAGACAUAAACAGCACCUCCACACUCAACCAGGGGAUGACUGGCAACUACCUCCUAACUAACCCUCUCCUUCGAACCCACGACACUAACCCUUAUAACAACCUUCUGGCAGAAACCGUGGUGUGCAACACCCCCUCUCCACCGGCUUUUCACUCCCCAGGACAGCAGUCUCUGAGCAACAGCAGGGACAUCAGUGCCAUGGACACCCUCCCCCUCAACGGCAAUUUCAACAACAGCUACUCCCUGCGAGACGACGACUAUGAGGCCGUGGGCGUUCGAGCCCCGGGUGACCUGGGGGGCCUCAACCUGGACGAUGCCGCUUUUGAGAAGUUGAUCAUAUCCGAGAUUGUCCACAACAACCUCAGGCCCCGCGGGGCUCCCAAAGGUCGCGAUGCUCCACGGGAGAGGGACAGAGUCUUGCCUCCGCAGACCAGGGUGACGGUGGACCGGGGAGGGGGCGGGGGUGGGAGCGGGAGCGAGGAUGACGCCAUCGUGGCAGAUCACGCCGAUGCCUCAUCCCCGCAGAGAGGGAGCGGAAGAGGAGGCCACGCCACCCUGGAGCUGCUCCUGCACCCCCACCACAAGGAGGUGCUGGAAGCCCCUCUCCUGCCCCAGAGGACUCAUUCCUUGCUGUACAGCUCCCAGAAGGCCCCCAGGUGCCUGGAGGGCCAGAGCGGCCAUGGCUCUGAGACUGUUACCGCAGAGGAGGACAUGGGCUCCCAUUCACCCAGCAACAAUAGAGACUCCCUUUAUACCAGCAUGCCAAACUUGAGAGACUCCCCCUCGCCUUCAGCUUCCCCAUACCCUCCGGAAGAAGAGGAGGAGGAGCUCUCCCCCUCACCUCAAAGCGAGAGCGAGGACGCGUAUCACAAAAGCAUGCCUGAGCUCGGCGAUGCGCCGCAGCCGCUGUCCUACUACCACAUAAACCGGGGCACCAGCGACGGGUGCAUCAUCCCACCCAACAACGAAGACUGUGCGCAUGACGGAGAGGUGCCCGCCGACGGACAAAUGCAGCUCAUCACCAGCCUCUGAGCGGGCGACGCUUUGUUUGCACAGGUUUUAGCAGGACGGGUGCAUCGGAGAGAGCCGGCGAGCCUGGCUCCGCACUUCACACGCUCUUUCUGUUCUUUGUGUCAGGACAAGAAGUGAAAAGUUGUUGGGUGGAAAAAGGAAUGAAUGAAUACAUGACUUUUGCACACAGAUCUCAUUAACACACAAAACACAUCCCAUCUGAGGCCAGACAAAUGUGGACUGUGAAGGCUCUGCUGUUGGACUAAAGAGGAGCAGAGAAUGACACGUAGGCCGAGAUAAAUCUGGCAUUUCUGUUGUACUGCGAGAAAAAUCGAAGAAUAAGAGUUAAAAAAAACAGAGAAAAAAAGGGGGAAAAGUACUCUAAGAACUAUGAAACUCCUGACGUAUUCCUGGGGGGGCUUUGAAGAACUGGGGUCUUUUUAGUCAAGAAGUGCAGAACUAGAACUAGUGUGGCUCCACUACACAGUCAGGACUGUAAAGUUAAGAAACCACUAAUUCAGACUCAGGCCUUAUAUUUUCUCUAUUGCACAUUUAACUGUUGUCAAAGUAACAGCUGAAAAAAAUAUAUUUUGCUGUACCACUAGUGUAAAAAGUGAAAUUAAAAAAGGAAAAAAGAAGAAGAAGAAAGGCAACCAUUCAGUAGUUCUUGCCCUUUCAAUGUUAAUAAGAUUCUUCAGACAAGGCUAAUCAAAAAUGGUGGAAAUGUGCUUUUCCUCUCACACUUGACUUGUUGUAGUAUGUUUGAAUAUGAGAAAAUCAUUUAAAAAAAAGUUUUUGGGAGAUACAAAAUCCAUAUGAAAUCAUCAUGCUCACGUCUCUGCUUGUGAAGUGCUUUUUGCUUUCAUGAAUGAUGAGUUUUCGCCAGUAGUUAAUAUUUGUUAACACCGGGCCAUGCACAGAUUUGGAGUAAAAUUGGAUCCUCGUGUAAUUUAUUUUACUUGAAAGAAAUUGUCGGGUUUCUGAGACUUUUUUUAAUGCGACGUAGAUGCGAUAUUGCAGUUUUUGAGGACAUUUCAUCCUUUGACACGAAUUAAUUUAUUAAUUAUUCCAAGAAAAAUGUUAAAAAACAAAAAAAGAACAUGGUUGGGAAGUGUGAAAAGUUGUUGCAGCACUGAUUAGGUUCAUUUUAUUUCUUUUUGUAAGAGCCCAUCAUCAGCUGGUAUUUAAUUCAACUCCUGUUUGAUAUCAAAUAAAUGUGAAAUUUUUUCUUGUU